AUGAAGCAAACAAAAGGGCUCGAGGGUGACAAGAAGUCCAUCAUAAAAUUUGAAUUUAACCCCAAAGAUGGGAUAGACAACCCUGCCUUGUCACUGACUGAGGACAUGGAUGGCAAGGCUGUGGGGGAGCCCCGCUUCUACCUCCUGAGCAAGGGCAGCACGGAGACUUUUGGCUUCUACCUCAACGAGGAGCUGGGCUACCAGGGCCAUAUCAUUCGUCAGGUCGAGCUGGGGGGGCUGGCCCAGCGCAGGGGACUGCAGGAUGGGGACCGGCUCCUCCAGGUCAAUGGCCACUUCGUGGACCACAUGGACCAUCACAGGGUGGUGCAGAAGAUCAAGGCCAGCGGGAACCAGGUCCUACUGUCAGUGUUGGAUGGUGACUCCUAUGAAGCAGCCAAGGCCCUAGGCAGGGACCUGUCCCAGAUGCUGCCAGCUGACAUCCGCCCGCGCCUCUGCCACAUCACACGGGACAAAAGUGGUUUUGGCUUCAGUGUGUCGGGUCCGGAAGGAGUGAAGGGCACCUUCCAGCUGUCAGUGCAGCAGGAUGGGCCAGCGGAGAGAGCAGGGGUGCCACCAGGCUCCUGGCUCCUGGAGCUGAACGGGGCCAGCGUGAGCAACUACUCACACACGCAGCUCACCAGAAAGCUGAAGCAGAGCGGCAGCAAGGUGAUGCUGCUGGUGGCAUCCAGUGCCGUGGAGGAGUUUUACCGCCUGCAUGGCCUGCGGGUCACGGCUGCCUUGGCAGACACCUCCUGGCUCCCCUUCAAGGUCCGGGAGCUGCACAUGGUGAAGGGUCCGGCUGGCUACGGGUUUCUGCUCAAGGAGGGUGACUGCAGCUCAGGGGCCACAGGCCAGUUCCUGUGGGACGUGGAUGCAGGGCUGCCAGCUGACCAGGCAGGGAUGAAGGAAGGGGACCGUCUCCUGGCUGUGAAUGGUGAGAGCAUCGAGGGGCUUGACCACCAGCAGACGGUGCUCAGGAUCCGUGCCCGUGAUGACCAGGUGACACUGCUGGUCAUCGACCCUGCUGGUGAUGAGUUCUACCACUCGAUCGGGCUGUCCCCUCUGCUUUCCUUUGAGCACAGUGACCCUGCUUCAGGCUCCCAUACGCCCUCCCUGCCCUCUCCCAGUGUCUCCCCGGGCCUCUGUCAUGUCGAGGUGGGACCAAAGGGACCUGGCUCCUGGCUGGUGGCUGCUGCCAACAGUAUAGUGAUCACACAGAGCCCAUCCCAGGAGCAACAGAGGAGGCUGCAGCAGGCAUUCUAG